AAAAUUUUAGCUGACGCUGGUGCUGUCAUCAGCGGUGCUCAACUUGGCUUGGGCAUUCUCACAACAAUUUUAAACACCCUUGGUAGCAUAAGCCGCAAGGUCGCCAUUGGUGUUGAUAACGAAAGUGGAUAUAAAUGGAGAGCAGUCAACAUAUAUUUUUAUUCAGGGACGUCAAAUCGUGUUUUGCCUCAUGAUGUUUCUUCAGGUAAAAUUAAUAUUAAUAACAUAAAAGUUUAAAAUCCUUUCUUUUAGUAAUAACACUAAGGCCAGUAUGCAGGAUGGUGUCAUUAGCUUGUUUGUUUUGUUUUCCCAAUUCAGACCACGUGAUGUUCUUGGGGGAAUUUGUCUUUUAUAUAAUUAUGCAUACAUAACAUGUGGGUGCACGUGCAAAAGACGACAUUGAAAGAAACAGUUCUCUGGGGUACCAUCACUUGGUCUGAAAUGGGUAAACAAACCAUACAAGCUAAAAAGGUCUGAUCUAUUGCUAUAGAAUCCAUUUUGGUUUUCUUGUCAUAUUUAAUUUUUCUAGCUAAUCUCUGCGAAGAAUUUAACCUGCAAUCAGGCGGUCCUUCUUCCCUUUUUGUUUUGGGGGCCUGAUCACAGGUUAUGCGAGGUUUGAAAAAUAAAGCCCUCGUUUGUCCAAGAAAGCAAAACCCCGAGUGAUUCUGGUAGUAGUAGUAGUAGUAAAAUGAGUUCAUCGCGUGCAAAGGGCCUAUUACCGUAUGAAACCAAGGACGAACUCAGCGACCACUUACCCUAAAGAGUAAAGAAACUGUAUUAGAGGAUUUGCCCAUUCUUGAAAUUUUGCAGACAACAGGUUUAUGUUUUGCUUUGUCAGAACGGCAAAAUGACUUCAGGGUUGAAAGAGCUUCUUAAACCAACUAAACUUAGUAUUCAUGUUCAGAAUGAGAAUCCCUUUGCGUGUAAUAUUUGGGGAAAAGAUAAGCAAUCACUAACCUGACACAANGUUUGCCAUGUAUCAUUGUGACGAAUGAUCAUGUUUAUGAUUUUUGUUUAAUUGCUAAUUUGUUUGCUUAUUUCUAGGCACAGCUUUGCUUUACGGCGCACGAAAAACUGCGGGGCCCGUUGCGAGAGGCGCAGUAGGAGUAUUAACAUACUACAUCCCACACAUCGAUAAAACACUUGCUGUUAUGUAUUCCGUUCCAUUUGACUACAACUGGUACAGCAACUGGUUUGAUGUUUGGCUUUACAGUGGUAAAAGACGCGCCAACUACAAUCUUUGGUACCGGAUGUAUUACGAUAAUCCCUUCAAAGGAGAUAACUACUGGCACGAGAGAGAUUUGGGAUCGGGACUCCGAGCAAGGGGGGCCAUGUCUAACUCCGGUCAAGCCACCAUCGAAAUUCACAUACUGAAGCAGUAA